AUGAGGGCGCUUCAUUCAAUUACGGAAGCAAAAUUAUUCUGGGAUAAAGCACGAAUACCUACAAGGAGAGUUGAUCAUUGUGUUACCAAACUUGAAAAAGUUUAUAAUGAUUGGCGUAAGAUACAGAAGAACGCUUGCAAUAGAGCAGAGUGGCAAAAAACUAAAGAAAACAAAUUUUCUGAAACACUGGACGAUUUGUUCGAUAUUGCUCAUGCAGACGCCUUAAGCUUAAUAAAAAUUCAAGAAGAUAAAGAUUUUUUAAACGCGCAAAGAAAAAAAGGUAGACAAGGUAUUAUGGCAGGUCUAGAUCUAAAUUUAUCAAAUAAAGAAAAAAGAAAAACUGACUGUUUGCAAGCUGAAUACUCAAAACAUUUAGAAAACGAAAUAUCUUUUCAAGAUGAAUCAAUGGUUUUAGCGUCUUCAGAGUCUUCGGAUGAUUCAGAUUCCGUUUUAGAUCAUCCAUUGCCAUCUACUUCUAGUAUGCAAGUCGUUCAAUUAACGAACCCAAAAAAUAAAAGGGCUCGAGUUGACUUUAUUAACAACAGGAUUGUUUCUCCACUCGAUCGUUGCAAAAUCAGCGAUAGAAAUGCUGUUCAUUUACUAAUUGCAGUAGCAGAAGCACUUGGCCAUGAUGUUUCAAAUUUAAUUAUUAAUCGUUCGUCAAAAUCCUGGAGAUAUGGUUACCAGGAACCGGAAACCGACUCGGACUGA